AAAACGCGCUUUAUUUCGAAGUCGGUAGUCGUCGGAUUCGUAUCGUGUCGGUUAUUCGCUUUUGUGCAUUAUUCUGUGCAUGUUCAAAAUAAUCGAAUUGCAGUGAAAUAUUCGGUAGUGAUAAGCAGGCUAACCCACAGGGGACGGCAAGGAUGGCCGAUUCUGAAAUUAAGAGUUUCAUUCUCAUCGGUCUGCUAUUAGCGACAGCUAUCAAUGCAGAUAGUAGCUGUAAAAAGGGGUGUGUAAAACCCGACAGUGGAUUAUUGAAAUACCCCGGGUCAUUUUACGAGUAUGCAUUUGACAGCAUAUUAACGGUGGUUAGUACGGGUAUCAUAAGCGAAGCUGAUGAUACAAGUCUUAAAGUAAUCGGUACUGCGAAAGUGUUUGCUAAUGGCAACUGCGAUUAUACCCUACAAGUCGGUGCUAUAAAGGUAAUUAACACGAAGCAGUCUUUGGAGAAGAAACUCGUGACAAAUAUUCAAAAACCAGUACACUUCUCAUGGGCCAGCGGUCAAGUACAACCAGAAAUUUGUAGCGAUGCCACAGACUCUGAGUACGCGUUAAAUAUUAAACGUGCCAUUAUUUCACUAUUGCAAGCAGGAAAAACAUCGGAAUCUAAAUCGGAAGUCGAUGUAUUUGGACUAUGUCCAACCUAUACAUCUAUUUCGGCGACUGCAAGUGGCGGAGAAACAAUAACAAAAGUUCGUGAUCUUAACCAAUGCGCCUAUCGAGAGCAGAUAAAUUCUGGCUUGUUAUCGGGCGUAGUGAAUGAGCAAGCUGGCAUUAAAUCAAGUUCCCUACUGCAAGCGGACUAUAGCAAAGAGUUGAAACUGCAGAAUGGUGUAAUCGAGCAUGUGCAACUCGUGGAAGUUUACAAGUUUACGGGCAGCGUCAAGGGCAGCUCGGAUGUGAGUGCCAAGGUUGUUAGCAGCCUUAAAUUGCGAAAUGGAUCUGGCGGAACGCCAGGAUCAACACCAACUCCAACUAGUGGACAACGCGAGGCUAGCAUUAUAUUUCAGAAGUACGGAACUUAUGCAGCCAAGAAUAUUGCUGCUCUCAAGAUAGCACUCUCUGAUCUCAUUGAUUCGACUAACGAUUAUGUAAAAGACACAGCUAAAAAAUUUAUUGAAAUCAUUCGAUUACUGCGCAACUCGGAUACAGACACCAUAUUAGAAUUGGCUGCUGUCCCACAUCCUAAUAAGGUGUUAGCACGUAAAGUCUAUCUGGAUGCUCUUUUCCGCACUAAUACUGCCGAGUCGGCGAGAGCAAUUUUGAAGCAGCUAACCAAGUUGAGUGAAAACGAGAAAUUGUUGGGAAUAUUAUCACUAAACCUGGUGGAGUCUGUGGACAAGGAAACCCUUAAUCUAGCUGCUGUUCAACUAUUGUCUAACGCACCCAAGGAGCUUUAUUUGGUUGUUGGCAAUUUGAUCUCCAAGUUUUGCUUGAAAAAUAGGUGCGAAACAUCCGUUGUUGAAAGUAUUUCAAAGAAGUUUGUUGACGGUCUGAAGCACUGCAAAGCCAACACCAAAGAUGAAGAGCGCAUAGUAUAUGUACUUAAGGGCAUCGGAAAUAGCCAUAUCCUGGUCAACACUCUGGUGCCUGCCUUGACAGAAUGUAUUUCUUGACGCUCCAAUCGCAUUAGAGUGGCAGCACUACAAGCCUUUUCCACCUCGAAUUGUAAUGAAGCAUUAAACUCUAAGGCACUAGAGAUCUUGAAGAAUCCUAAUGAGGAUUCAGAGCUCCGAAUCGAGGCAUAUGUGACAGCUGUUAAUUGCCCAACUGCUCAACUGGCCAAUCAAAUUUCAGAGAUUGUAAACUCAGAGAAGGUAUAUCAAGUAGGUAGUUUUAUUUCAUCAAGUCUGAAGGUAAUCCGAGAUUCCACGGAUGCGAAUCGCGAGCUUCAGCGUUAUCACUUAGGAAACAUACGUGUAACGAAACAGUUCCCACAAGACUACAGGCGUUACAGUUUCAACCGUGGCUGUUCCCAUAGACUUGAUGCCUUAGGACUUAGUGCCAGCACUGAUUACAAGCUCAUCUAUUCACAGCACGGUUUCCUGCCAAGAUCAGCGAGAUUCAAUAUGUCUGCAGAAAUCUUUGGCACAAAUUUCAAUGUGAUUGGAAACUUGCGGCAGGAGAACCUCGAGAAGCUCUUGGAGUAUUAUGUGGGUCCAAAGGGGUUGCUCAAUAAAGAUUUCGAUGAGAUUGUCAAGCUUAUUGAAGUCGGUAAUGCUGAAGCAGCUGGUGGGGCCGCUGAACGUUCGAAGCGCUCGAUUGCUGAUGAUGCUACAAAAAUCGCCAAGAAAUACAAAACAUAUGGCAGUAAGAAUAUCCAUGACUUGAAUUUGGAUCUGUCAUUGAAGCUAUUUGGCUCUGAGCUCGCUUUCUUGAGCCUAGGUGAUGAUGUACCAAGUACAUUAGAUGACAUUAUUAAAUAUUUCUCGGAUGCAUUUGACAAAACCAAAAAGGAAUUGUCGUCAUUUGAAAAGCAGUUCACCUCGCACCAUCUGUUCCUCGAUGCGGAAUUGAGUUACCCCACGGGAUUGGGUGUACCAUUAGAACUCGGAGCCCAAGGAUUUGCGGCAAAUAAAAUCGACUUUGCAAUCAAUGUUGAUGUGAAUGAUAUUCUCGAGCAAAAUUGGCAGCGAUCGAAAUAUCGUUUCAAAUUCGUGCCUAGUAUUGAUGUUAAUGUGAAUAUCCUGCUGGGCUUCAAUGCACAGGUGCUAUCAACAGGACUUCGUGUCGUAUCCACGGCACAUUCAGCCACUGGCAGUGAUGUAUCAGUAUCUCUCAUAAAUAAUGGAGAAGGAUUCAAUGUGAAUGUUGACUUACCUCGCGAAAAACUUGAACUUGUCGAUGUACAGUUAAAUGCCGAAUUUUUCAUAGCUGAGAAUGACAAACAAUUGAAAUCGGUACCAUUGAAAAACUCAGCCAAAAGCAAAAAUCUAAACCAAUUAACGAAGAUUUGCUUUAGUCAACUUGACAUUGUUGGGGUAAAUCUCUGUAUAUCUAGUUCGGCGAGUCUUAAAGAUUUCACUGUUGAAAAUAGCCAAAGUGAGGGACACGUCGACGAAUUUCAUCUUUCGAAACCCUUUUCGUUCGCUAUUUACUCAACAAGUGAACGUAAAUUUAAUUUCAAAGGAACACAGUCAACACUCCCAACAGGUAGCCACCAAUGGAAACUUGAUUAUAGCACUCCCGGGUCGAGGGUAUCUCAUGACACAAGUGUAGCAUUUGAGCUGGGCACAAAGCCAAAGACCUACGGCCGGAUAGCCCUUGAUAAUCCCCAAAUUCACCUCGCCGUUGAGGCUGGCAUCACAAAUGAUAAUACAGAGUUGGUAGUUUACGGUCAAUACGAACAGAACAAGGAUGUAAAGAGGAGUAAAAUAGGGUUUUCGAAGCAUGGUAAUGAAUACAAACCACUAAUUGAGAUUCACGAAAAUGGCAUUGUCAACAAUAUCAAUGGUUAUCGCGCCGAUGGCAAAAUUAAUGUACAGAAAUCGGGCGACAAGCAGGCACGCUUUAAUUUCCAAAACUUCCAAUUAUUAAGCCCAAGUAAUGAACGUAUUGUAAUAAAUGGUUGGGCUGACCUUACUCCAAAUGCUUUAAGUACUGAAUUGCAUAUUGCUCCAGAAAAGGAAUCAUAUUUGGUGAAGAGCAAUUUUAAGUUGGAAAGUGGUCAAUAUGAAGCGGCUCUCUUUGUGAAUAAUGAGCAAACACCUAAUAAUGUUUACGGCAGUUCGGUGAAAGCAAAAUUGGCAAUAAUGCCUAUGACUUAAGCUGAUUGGUCAGGCUUUCACUUGACUCUGACAAGUACAUCGGCGCUAAAGUUCGUUAAGGGCGAUAACUCAAAUACAUUAACUUCGUCUCAAUUUUUAUCAGAUUUGCGGGUCGACCAUCAGAGUAAGCCAUAUGCCUCUGUUAAAGUCGUCACGAAUUUCGAUGUGAACAAAUUAGAGUUCGAUGCUACAGCAAUUCGUGAUCAGAAUCAUCAGGUAUCUGUGAAUGUUAAAUAUCAGUCGAAUCAAAGGACAACAGGUGACUACGAAUUGUUGGCGAAGGCAAAGCUCAAUAAACACUCGAUCGAAGUUGUCUCCAAGUGCGAUGCAAAUGGCAAUCUAUUAAUUGUGGAUAAUAGCAUUAUCACAUCCUGGGGUACAUUGAUAACAGUUAAGGGUGAGCUGGGACAGCGCUACACUGCAAAUGAUGUCCACAUCGAUUUGCAAGGCAGUGCACAAUUUCGUAGCAAAGAAAAAGCCCUGCAAUGGAUAUUGAAAGCUCUAGGAACUCCCGAGAAAACCAAUGGCGAAUUCCGUGUAAACCGCGACAAUGCAGAGCUCAUCAAACUGACAACAGAAUCACAGCAUCCACUGGACAAAGUGUCUGCGGCCAAGUUUAAUCUCGUACUUAAGAACCAACUAAAUGCCAAGGGUGAUUUUAAAAUCGCAAGGAAUGGCAAAGGCGAGCUCACCGCAAUCAUAGAAACGCAAAAAGUUGAACCCAAGCAUAAAUUCGAAGUCGACUCAAAAUUCCAAAUAUUGUCACCAAAAUAUGAUAUCGAUACAUCGAUCAAAAUCAACGGCGACACAAAAUUGCAUUUAAAAACCGAAAAUAUAAUCGAUAAAUUGAAAUUUUCAACGAAAAAUCUUUUCGAAUCAGACACCAAAAAGGUAUCUUUCGAAGCCAAUGGCGCAUUGAAGGGUGAUUGGCGAAGCAAUGGUGAUAUUGAAGGUGCAUUCACAUUGGUUACUCCCGAUGGACACGUCUAUGAUGGUAAUCUUAAUCGACAUAUAACUACAAACCUCAAGACUCAUCUCAUUCAAGGCACGGCAAAUGUACAAGUUAAUGAACAACAGCCUGGCAACAAAGAGAAGCGUUCAAUCUUAUUAAAGACUACGCUAAAUACAUUGAAUACAAAGACAAAGGAAUUUUCAUCAAAUGCCCAGCUAAUCUUGACCUCAUUUAAUGGCAAAAAGCGGAACUUAAUAGCCAUAGGCUGGUCUAUCUCUGCAGGAAAUUUAGUGGAAAAUCAAUUGCCCGUUGAAUUGUCGAUUAUUGUUGACGAAUAUAGCUCACAGCAAGGAAAUGGCCGCAUCUCUUUCAAGUUUGGUGAUCGGAUCUUAGCGAAUCUUAAUGGUAAGGUUCAGGUAGGACAGCAGCUGAAUGGAGUCCCAGCUUCCUAUGAGCUGCAAGCUGACCUGCAAGCACCACAAACCAAUUUUAGAAGCUUUGAGCUCAGCAGCCAUGGAAAACUCUUAAGAACCGUCGAAGGCGGCAGUGGACCCUAUAAUGUGGAAUUCGAUCUGAAUACCAAGACGGCUGAUGGACACUUCACACGUGUUAACACCUUCUAAGGAUUUGCUCAUCAGGGCAGCUACACUUUUGAUGCACAAGGCAAUUGGCUAGCUGCUCCAUUGAAAUUCGAUGGUAGCUACCGAAAUGAAAAAGACGCAGCAGAAAGUAACCGCAAGUGGGAAAAUACCUUAAAUGCCCAAUUUGGUGACAAGUAUAUCAAGCACCACAUCGAUAUAAAUGUUGUAGCAUACAAAACUGCAACAGUACAAUGGCAACUUGAUACUAGUCAUGAGUCGAUCAAGAACUUAGAGGUUAACAUACAGUCAACUAAGGCGGGCGAAGAUACCUAUACAGUGCGUUUGGAAGUUAAGGAUGCAAGCAAGAAGUACGAAAUAGACUCAAAAUGGUUUGGUGCGCCACACAAGAAGGGAUUAGAGCUGCACCUGAAUCUACCCAAAUCUCAGCCCAUCGGGGUAGUGGCCAUUGUUGAAAUUUUGGGUGAGCGUAAGGCAAAGGUCAGUGUCGAUAUACAAAGCCUGGCCGACUUGGACUUCAAACUCAACCUGGAAUCAUCGUACACAACCAUUGAUGAAUUUUAUAUCAGGAGACUGAACUCGAAGAAACUGCAGCUAGACAGCUAUGUGCUGGACAUCAAGGCACAGAGCAAGAGCAUUAAAGUUAGCGUAACGAAUGCCCAGGAUGUUAUCAUAUCGGGCACAGCCACGUAUAACCUAAAGAAGGAUCAAAAUAAGGCUAUUAUCGAAGGACAGGGUCAAUUCCAAGCGGGUAAAACCGUUUCGAGUAGCUUUAAGUUAACCCGUCAAUACUUUGCCCUCAGUACGGACAAAGAGGUUGGGGCCUCCUAUAGUUUAAAUGGCAAUAUUGGACCAACAAAUGUGGUUGCCACACUAAAGCUAACUAACAAGGAAUUUAAUCUGAAGGUAUCCACAUGCGAAGAGAAGCGUCAAUGCAUGAAUAUUCAGGCACAAUCUACUUUGACCAUUGAUGAGAAACAAUUGGAUACUUCGGAGCAUGGAAUACUCGUCUUGAUGGAUUUGCGAGAGAUUGGUUAUCCAUAUGAGCUGGAGUGGAAGUCGAGGAGCAGACGACAAGGCUUUAAGCAUCAAUACAGUCUAGAUGGUCACAUCUCUGGUAAUAAUCUUAAAUAUCAGUUAAAUAUUAAUUUCUUACCCAAUGGCUCCACAAUUCGAUUGACUUUACCAAAGCGACAAAUUCUCUUCGAGAGCACACAGACAUUGCCAACAGAUGGCAAGCUCUUCGGUCAUUACGAGGAGUCGGCUGCAUUUUAUAUUGAUAAACUGCAGCGACCUAAUGAUGUUGCGCGUAUCUCUGCCAUUUUGGAUUUAUCUGGUGAGGAACACGUCGCCAUAAACUCCAGGUUGCAACUCAAAAUCGAGCAUCCCACUAUCAGACCUUUAACUGUCUCUGGCACAUUUGAUGCGGAUCGUAAUAAGCGCUCUGUGAACAGCGAAUUUACUUUUGACAUAUUUAAAUCACCCGAACAGAAAAUAAUUGCUUUUAAUCAAAUUCGAAAUACUCAAGCCCAACAAAGUCCCAUUGGCGGUUUUGAUAUUACAUCGAAUCACAAAAUUUAUUCAUCGGGUCUCCAAUUUAAUUAUGAGAUCAACGUGCAAUCAGCGCUAAACGUCGAAAAGGAGUUCACGACAUCCACCGAACUGAAAAGCAACAACUUGGAUCUAAAUGUUGGAGCUAACAUCUUGGCAAAUAAAGAUCACGUCGACGUAACAGUCAAUGCUCUCAACAAGCAGAUUGUUGCAGUGAGUGCCGAUAUCGAUUGGAAGAAAUAUUCAACGAAAAUCAAUUCAAAACUGCAAGCCUUAGCUGGACAGAACCCUAUUGAAAUUAUUUCCGAACUGCAACCGAACUGGUUGAAGAUCUCAUUGAAUAAGCAAAGUCUAAUUAAUGCGAAUGCUGAAAUUAAACUGGGCAAGGAAUUCAAAUUUGAUGUCACAGGUGCAAGUGGAAAAUCAGUGUCAAACGGGCGUGUUUCUCUCGAUGCAGCCAAUUUCCUACAAACUGACUACAAAGUCAAUGAAGAUGAUUACAAAGUAUUCGUGAAUACUCUUAAAAAUGAAUUGAAAAAGGAAUCCGAAGAGGUAACAGAAAAGCUGAAGAAACAAUUCGAUAACGCUCGUAGCGAUUUUGGAGAAAAGCUCAAACUCUUCAAACAAAGUAGACCAGAUUUUGAUAUAUUAUUGAACGGCUACGAAAAUCAAAAAACCAUAAUUCGUGAAUUAGAAGUUGAUCCAACACUGGCAUCUAUUAUUGAUAACACCCGAAAGCUUAUUGAAAAGAUAAACGCAUUCAUUAAUGAAAUUUCAAAAGCAUAUGCAAAGCAUUUUGAAGAGUUGCACAAGACUCUUGAAGAAGUCCUUAAAAAUUGGAACGAAUUAUGGAAGAAUUCAAUAUUGAAAGCAUGGGAACAAUUCGUUGUGUCAGUGACCAAAAUUCAAGAGAAUCUUCGCGAGGAAGUCCUUAAUGUAUACACAAAUGUUUUCAAAACCGUCGUUGCGGGUCUGGAAAAAUAUGGACCAGUGCUAAAGAAUUACGCAAAGGCACUCCAUGAAUCACUAAAACCAGUGAGUGAAGCAACGCAAGAAUUAAUCAAGACAAUUAUUAAUAGCACUGAUUAUAUCUUUGUUGAGCUUAAAGAAUAUUUAAGUAAAUUGCCAACAUUCGAAGCUAUACGAACAGAAAUAAUUGAACAAAUUAAGCAUUUCAAAUUGAUUGAAAAGACAUUGGAAGUGCUGAACAACAUCUUUGAUCAAUUGCACAUUUUACCGCAGACACCAGAUACAGAAGAAUUCUUACAAAAAUUGCAGACAUAUCUAGAAGCGAAAUUAAAACAACAGCCUAUCAAUGAUGAAAAGGUGCUUAACGAAUUGUCCCAGCUGUUGAUAAAAUCGCUGCGUUCCAUUUGGUUAGCUCUCGAGAACUCUAAGCCAGGUGGUGGUAUACCUGUCGAUUUGGAGAGUUGGACUGCUAUUGCGCUGCCAACGUGGUUGGACAAAUUGAUAAACUUGCCUGCCUUGUUGUCAUUCCGCUCGAGCGUGAUUAAUGCCCUACUUAAUGAGAAAUGGGAGAACACUUUGAGCAAAAAUUUGUAUGCUACUUGGAUAUAUUCGGUUAUCUUCCAGAAGUUUGAUCUGCAUGGUCAGAUUGUAGAUGGAAAACAUGUGUUUACUUUCGAUGGUCAGAGCUAUGCCUACCCCGGUAAUUGUCGAUAUGUACUCGUUCAGGAUAGUGUCGAUAGCAAUUUCACGGUCAUCGUUCAACUGAGCAGCGAAAGCAAACUGAAGGCCAUCACAUUGACGGACAGAGACGGCAACUUUGUUGAAGUUAGCGAUACGGUUGCACUUAAACUGAAUGGCAAACCAGUUGAGUAUCCACAACAUAUUCCUGGCAUUCAUGCCUGGCGUAGAUUCUACGGUGUUUAUCUCCAUUCUGAGUACGGCGUAACGAUCACCUGUACCACUGAUUUGAGGGUUUGCCAAGUCACCGUUGACGGAUUCUAUACCAGCAAAACACGAGGAUUGCUUGGGAACGGCAAUGCUGAACCAUAUGACGAUUUUCUGCUAAUUGAUGGUACCAUCGCAAUCGAUUCAGCUACUUUGGGUAAUGAUUAUGGUGUUGGCAAAUGUAAUUCAGUAUCUUCGAAAGGAGAACAACAAGUGGUGCGCAAUGAGAUAUGUAGUGAAAUAUUUGGAAUUGAAUCAACAUUGGCCCUUAAUUACUUACAAUUGGAUCCUCGACCCUAUCGUAAGGAGUGCGACAUAGCUGUUCAAGACGCUGCCGAGAAGGACAAGGAAUCGGUAGCUUGUAACUUUGCCUUGGCUUACGGAUCGGCUCUAAAAGAAUUGAAACAAUUGUCUCUGCUACCACCGCGUUGUUUGAAAUGCACCGGAGCUGUGGGGCAGCGUGAGUUGGGCGAAGAGUUCACUGUAACGCCGACAAAUAAAGCCGAUUGUUUUGUUGUUGAUGUCAAUGUAACGCCAAAGGUUUUGUCUCAACUGGUUGCACCCGCCAUUACGGAGAUUCGCGAUGCAUUAAAGAGUCGGGGAUUCACUGAUGUACAAGUCAGUGUCAUUGCCUUUGAUGAAUCGAAGCGUUAUCCAGCGCUGCUCACCAGCGAUAAUGGGAAGAUCAAUUACAAGGCCAAUGUAGCGAAUGUUCAGGUAAAUGGACCUAACUUCUGCGAUAAUUGUGUCGAGCAAAUCAUCACCGAUAAAAGAGUACUAGAAAUUUACAAAUUGCUUGAACGAUUUGUCAAAACAAUUGUGCCGCAGUCCGAUGAGAAUGCUUUUAGUUUGGCCUUGGACUAUCCGUUCCGUGCGGGAGCGGCAAAGAGCAUUAUUGGAGUUCGCAGCGAUUCCUUGGAGUACAGCAAUUGGUGGAAACUUGUUCGAGCUCACAUAACUGGAAGUUUAACCAAGUUUGACGGCGCUCAGCUUCAUUUGAUAGCUCCAAUCAAGGGGCUUGCUUUGGAAGGAGUUCCUGCUGAUAAACUAGUUGGUUUUAAUGCACGCUUAGUUGCAACUUUGGAUGGAAAGGAUAACAAGAAACGCUCAAAAUUACAGUUUGAGAAUGAUAUGGGUAUCGAUUUUGUACUAAACAAUGGAGGCUGGGCAUUUACCACACAGAACUUUGAUAGACUAAAGAGUCCUGAUCAAAAGAAGGUUCUUAACCAAGUCACAUCAUCCAUUGCCGACACGUUGUUCAAGACUGAAACCAUCAGUGAUUGUCGAUGUGUGCCCGUCGAAGGAUUGUUUGGUCAACACAAGUGCGCUAUCAAAUCGACCAGCUUUUGCCGAAUAAGAAAUCAAAGAGUGCGUGAAAUUAUUGAUCGUUUCAUAUAAAACAGUAAUUUGAAUUUAAAAGUAAACAAAUAAAGCAAGUAAUACAAAAA